GUCACGCCCCCCGGUCCGGCUUCUGCCGGGUGUGCGCGCGCGCCGUGGCAGAGCUCCCGUGAGGCAGUGCGGGCGCGGAGCGCGGCGGCGGGCUUCUGAGGGGCGCGAGCGGAGCUUCCAGAGGUUGGUUCAUCGUGGCUGGGCAUUGACUCUUGUGUGAAUGGCGGGUGCUGAUUCAGUCGUCGAGGUAAAUAUUUUGUUGACUCUUCCUCAAGGACAUUAUCGUAUUUAUUUCUAUUUGCUUAGAAAAAGCAGGAAAAGAGGCUGCUUAGCCACAGGCUGGCUUGGACUUGGUUAGAUAUAUUUAUUUUGAAUUCAAAACUGAACUCAUGCGAUAUGAUGUAUCUUUGGAAAAAAUAAGAUUUUCUUGAUAAUUAGGUUUUCAUUAUUUUUUCGGUGUUCUAAGUAAUACCCUAGUUGUUUAUCUUCUCUUUAUCUCUGUCAAACAUUUCAGCUACAACUACCUCAGGUUAGAUGCUUCCCUCCCAGAUAUCUGUGGUAUUUAUCUAUAUUGUUCUUUUACAAAUAGAGUUGUCUUAUUAGUUGUCUUAUUUGUGGUCUAAUGUUUGUUUUUUCCCCCCAGGAGAAGUCAUAGAUUCUAAAAAAAUUUUGUCCUUCUUCUGAACUUAACAUAAAUUUAGUUUGUUUGUAUUUGGGUUUAUCUUCUAAAUAUCCACACCAUAAACCCGUAUCAGUUACAAAAAAGUUGUGCAGUUAAACCAUGAGUUGUGGAAAAGAGUUUGUGGAAACAUUAAAAAAAAUUGAUUAUCCCAAAGCUGAUAGUCUUAAUGGGGAAGAUUUUGACUGGUUGUUUGAGACUGUUGAAGAUGAAGCAUUUUUGAAGUGGUUUUGUGGGAAUGUGAAUGAACAGAAUGUAUUGUCCAAAGAAGAAUUGGAAGCUUUUAGCAUUCUUCAAAAAUCAGGCAAGCCCAUCCUAGAAGGAGCAGCACUGGAUGAAGUUCUUAAAACCUGUAAAACUUCUGAUUUGAAAACCUCUACCCUGGAUGACAAAGAGCUAGAGAAAUUGGAAGUUGAAGUUCAAGCUCUGCAGAAAUUGAAGAACCUAAAAAUUCAGCGACGUAAUAAAUGCCAGUUGAUGGCUUCGGUAACAAGCCACAAAUCUCUGAGGUUAAGUGCUAAAGAAGAAGAAGCCACUAAAAGGCUGAAGCAGAGUCAAGGAAUUCUAAAUGCGAUGAACACCAAGAUAAAUAAUGAACUUCAGGCUCUUACUGAUGGCGUUGCUAAAUUGAUGAUGUUUUUCAGACAUUCUAAUUUGGAUCAAGGGGCAAAUCCACUGGUGUUUUUAUCUCAGUUUUCCUUGGAAAAAUAUCUAAGCCAAGAAGAGCAAAGCACAGCAGCAUUAACUUUGUAUACCAAAAAACAGUUCUUUCAAGGUAUACAUGAAGUAGUUGAAAGUUCAAAUGAAGAAAAUUUUCAGCUUUUAGAUAUACAAGCACCAUCUAUUUGUGAUAAUCAAGAAAUCCUUGAGGAGAGACGGCUGGAGAUGGUUAGGCUGCAGCUAGCAUACAUUUGUGCUCAACAUGAGUUAAUUCACUUGAAAGCAAGUAAUUUGAGCAUGAAGUCAAGUAUACAGUGGGCAGAGGAGAAUCUUCAUAGCCUCACUAGCAAGGCUCUUGGCAAAGAUAAUUUGGAUGCUAAAAUUUCUAGCUUGAACAGUGAGAUUCUGAAACUUGAAGAACAAAUCACUUAUAUAAAAGAUAAAAGCUUGCCUGCUGUGGUAAAAGAGAAUGCCCAGUUAUUGAAUAUGCCAGUUGUAAAGGGAGAUUUUGAUCUACAGAUUGCUAAACAAGACUAUUAUACAGCAAGACAAGAGUUAGUUUUAAAUCAGUUGAUAAAGCAAAAGGCAUCAUUUGAACUUCUACAGUUAUCAUAUGAAAUUGAAUUGAGAAAGCAUUGGGACAUACAUCGUCAACUUGAAAAUUUAGUUCAAGAACUUAGUCAAAGUAAUGCGAUGCUCCGCCAGCGAUUAGAAAUGCUGACAGACCCGUCAGUAUGUCAGCAGAUAAAUCCAAGGAAUACCAUUGAUACCAAGGACUAUUCUACUCAUAGGCUUUAUCAACUUUUAGAAGGAGACAAUAAGAAAAAAGAAUUGUUUAUAACCCAUGGAAACCUGGAGGAGGUGGCUGAGAAAUUAAAACAGGAUGUUUCUUUAGUACAAGAUCAGUUGGCAGUUUCUACUCGAGAACAUUCUUUCUUUCUGUCCAAACUGAAUAAUGAUGUGGACGAGCUUUGUGAUACUUUGUAUCAAGGAGGAAAUCAGCUUUUGCUUAGUGACCAGGAGUUAACAGAGCAGUUUCAUCAAGUUGAAUCCCAGCUGAAUAAGUUGAAUCAUCUUCUUACUGAUGUUCUUGCUGAUGUGAAGACAAAAAGAAAAAUUUUGGCAUCUAAUAAACUGCAUCGAAUGGAAAGAGAAUUAUAUGUAUAUUUUUUAAAAGAUGAAGAUUAUCUGAAAGAUAUUGUGGAGAACUUAGAAAACCAAUCAAAGAUUAAAGUUGUUGGUCUGGAAGAUUGAAGAUUAUUAAAAACAGAAUCUUUACUACGAUUUAUGAAAAUGGAAAAUUAUGAGGCAUUUGUAGGCUUUGAUCCCUGUAAGAUACUGCUUUCCAGUGUUGCUCAGAAGAUUAUGUCUGCUGUGUACUCAGGUGACUUAGUGGAGUCUAAGCAUUGGAGAGGGUGAAAAGAGUGAGUAAUUUUUAUGAAUCUGUCUUUAGUUACCUUAACUAAGGUUUGAAAAUGAGCCAGCAGAAUUAUUCUAAGGAACUUUAUAUUGUGUAGAGAAGCUUUGCUACAAACAAAUGGAGUCCUGCUCCCCUUGGUUUCCUCUCAUUCAGUGAUAACUGACCUGCUCGCUAGACUUCACAUUCUCUUAACCCUUAACACUUUAAAAUUUCUUUUCACUAUUUAUUUUUGAGAGAGAGAGACAGAGCACGAGCAGGGGAGGCGCAGACACAGAAUCCAAAGCAGGCUUCAGGCUCUGAGCUGUCAGCACAGAGACUGAUGCAGGGCUCAGACUCACGAACCAUGAGAUCAUGACCUGAGAUCAAGUCAGACGCUUAACUGACUGAGCCACCAGGCGCUCCAGCCCUUAAUGCUUUAAAAUGUAGCACUCUCUUCCUUGUUCCAGGCAUUUAUGCCAAACAUUUCCUGAGAAUCUGCACUGGCUGUGUAAGUGACCUCAGAAGAGAUGGGCUGUUUCACGGUGCCCCCGGCUUCAGCCUUAGCUCUUGGGUCAUUGAACGUACAUUGACAUAGUAUUUGCUUACUAUGUGUGGCAGACCAGAGAGGUGUUUUUGACAGCGUGUGUAUUAUGCUGCCAGAGAAAUGAAUAAAUUCCUAGGUGGCAAAGAUCGACAGAUACGUGUAUAUGCAUUUAUGGCAUCAUGUAUAGCAGCAGUGACAUACGCUCACAAGUAUGACUGAAAUAUUUGGAGUACCAGUUAUUUUUUUUACUAGCAAAGUUGUCUUGUUUUUUAAUAUUUAAGUCGGCCAAUUUGUUGUUUCUUUUCCACAGAGUAAGUUAUAUGUGAAUGAGAUAUAAUUGAGUAAUUGUGAUGAAAUAAUUGAGAGUAUUGAAAAAUUGUGCAAAAGCUAUAUACGUGCAGUUUCUCGAAGAUAUAGGUAGCACUUAACAUUUAGAUUUGUUCAUAUUCAGGCCUCUGUUGCUCAUGAGCCUCGUUAGAGUAGAAGUCAUUAAUAAAUGAACUGGUAAGAAUUUUUGGGUAUGGACUACCUACCUAGAAAUUUUGAUAGUGUUUUGGGGAGUGGGGGGGGGGCAUACAGUAAGGAAGAUAAAUACUUAAAUAUCAAAGAGCUUUCUUCUUUAUCCUGUAUAGUUUCUAAAAUAAAAAAGCAGUGUGUACUUGACAGGUAGAAAUGUACUUCCCUUUGAAAACCGAUAGGAAUAAAAAAUGAUAGAAAUAGUAAAACGUCUCUGGUAGCUUCAGUGUGAGUUUGUUGAGAAAGAUUUAUGGCCAUCAGUCGAUCUUGUGAACUCUGGUCAUGUUCUUAUACCCUAUAAAAUUCUAGUUUUCAUACAUUUAUUGAGAGGUAGUAGGAAAAGAUAAAGGUAUUUUUCUGUCAAAUGUUACUGGAUUUGGAAAAAUAGUGGAAUUUUCAUAUGGAUUCUGUAUUGUCUGUUGCUACAUAACACCCUUGCUACCAACUUAGCAACUUAAAACAACCCACAUUUGUUAUCUCCCAGUGUCUGUGGGUCAGGAGCUGGGGCACAAUUUAGCUUCAUCCUCUGCUGGGCUACAGUGCAGAGGUGUGAGCCGGGGCUAUGGUCUCAUCUGAGGCCCGAAUGGGGAAGCAUUUGCUUCCAGUGCACAUGGUUGUUGGCAGAUUCAGUUCCUUGUAGGCUUUUGGACUGAGGGCUUCGGUUGGCUGUUGGCUCUAAGACACCUUCAGUUCCUUUUCACGUGGUUCUCCUUCGGCCUGGCUUUACGUGAUAGCAGCUUGCUUUUUCCCUAACAAGAGUGUCGUCAUAGUUGUCUGCAGAGUAAUUGGGAACAUCUUGUCACCGUUGCUGUACUCUGUGGGUUAGAAGUGAGCCAGUAAGUCUCACCCACACUCAAGGGUGUGAGUACUAGGAAGGAGGGGUCUUGGGACUACCCUGGAGUUUGUCUGCCACAGAGUCUCACCAGUUUCUUAUUUCGUAUGGAUUGGAUUAAAUUGGUUGCUGGUGGGUUAUUGAUGAAUGAUGCUGGACCUAAGACCUAGUUAAUUCCUGGACCCUUGUCACAUGCUGAGUUGUUACUGCAUCAGACCCUUACCUCUCACAAGUAAAAUACCGUAUUCGGUGUCUCAUUUCUAAAACCCAUUUCAUACCAAAUAAAUAUAAAAAUUGAACUCAUAAAUCAGUGAGAAUAACUACAAAUAUUUGUUACUACAAACAAGUAACACCGAACAGCAUUACUAUUACACGUCACUUCAGGGUCUGCAUUUCUGAUGUGCUACACUGAGGGAUCUCGCGAUACACAUGCAGUAAAGGUUGGAUUACAUAUAUCUUCUUGCUGCAAGAUCAUUAUUUAAAAACCCUUUGCUGUGAGAAUCAAAAUAUGCAAAAACUUAAACUACAGUUUAAUGAAUUAAUAUGAAGAGGACAUCCUUGUAAUUGCAUCUUCAAAACCUCAACAUUUCCUUCUCAAUUAAAACUCCCUCCUGCUCAGAGGUAACCAUCAUCCUGACUGGCAGUCACCUCCACUUCCUGAUGAUGGGCAUUUUCUCCAGAGGCUUUUUUGGCAGAGAUUAUGUGUAUGCAACACCAGUCUGUCCUGGGGAGCAGGAUCAGGCUGCAUGGCUCAGUCUCCUUGCAGUCAGGUGUGACCCGGGUUCCUGUCUGUGGGACGUGUGCUCAGGUGGUGUGUGCCAUUUCCAGGGUAGGCCCAAAGACAUUCAACUUGCUUCCCAGCUGGCCUCUUUCCUUCCACCCAGUAGGAACCCCAAACGACUCCUUUCAAACUCUGCAAAUGAUAACAGUGUCCUAGAGGAUUGUGGAACAUGUUGGAAACUGCAGUCCUGGAGGGACUUCACAAAAGAUGUGUAACCAGCUGAGUACACUCACUCAGAACAUGAAAGGGAAAUAAACUUUAUUCUUUAAGCCA